GUUUGCCUUGCCGUGUGAGCAAAACCGUACGUUCCUUCUACACCGCAUCUUCUUCACCAAAUCCCUCUCCGGAAAGAUAGUAAGGGAGGUAGAGCGCACCUCAGUGAUUCACUGAAAAGAAAGAAAAAAGGAAGAAGGAGUUUGUUUCCGCCCAGACGGAGGACCGAUCGCGUUUCUGGCUAUUUCGAGCCAACUGCUUCGACCCACUUGGCGUUAAAAAAACAAACAAACUCUACUACUAUCAUUUACCCCACAUAUACAACGGUGAACAUCCAUAACAUAAAAUGUUCACCCAAAUCGCCGAAGCACACACGGAGGUGAUCACCUCGCUGAUGUUCUCGCCGCACGUGGUCACCGGCAGCGAAGAAGGCGGCCUCCUCUGCUCUACAUCAGGUGACGACACGGCCGCGCUGUGGGACCUGCGCGCCGGCAGCGGGACCUCGCAGCGGGCGGCGCUGCUGGCGGGCCACCACGUUGGUCCGGUGAACCACGCUCUCUUCCACCCAACCGACGCGCACACCCUUCUCACCGCGUCGGACGAUCGCAGUAUCGGCUGCUGGGACCUGCGCCGGCCGGAUAAAGUGGUGGGGAAGAUUUCCGGCUUCCAAGAAGGCGUGAACAAGAUGCUAUGGCUGCCAGUGGCCUCGAUGGGCUGCGGUGGCGGUAGCGGUAGCAUGGGAAGUGGGUGGAAUGUGGUGAGUGCGUGCGACGACGGCCACGUGUACGUUCACGCAAUGGUGCUGCCGGACGACAACAGCGCGGAGGUGGCCAGCACGGCAGCCGGCGCGGAGGUGAUGGCCGCGAUGGGCACCACACUCGUCCCUCAGGUCGGCGCGCUGGUCGACAAGUUCCGCGUUUCCACGAACACGGUGAACGACAUCGUGCUGGCCCCCCACUCCACGACGACGCUCAUCACGGCAUCGGAGGACUGCGCGCUGCGCUCGUGGACGUUGCGGCCGGACAAGCAAUUCAGCAACACCACCGUGGGCACGAUGGACGAGCGCCUGCUGGACACCCUAGACGAGUUCGAGAACCCGGUGAACCACUUGGUGGUGGUGCCACCAGGGCUGAUGGGGGCAGGAGACUUGUCGAACAAGACGGAGGGGUGGCGCGAGUCCCCCGCAGGUGCCGGAGAGGUCGGUCAAGACGACGGCGAGAACAGGCGCGGCUUUUCCAGUGAGAAUGCGGAGGCGGAAGACGAGGGAGAAGAAAAGGACGAAGAUGAAGAGGAACGCGGCGCGGGCGGUGGGCACACGCAUCAGCGCUCCUCCGCGGGCAUCUCUGACACGGCCGGCACGGGCUGCUGGCUGCUCGCGGCGUGUUCGGAGUGCGUCUUCGGCGUGGACUUCUCCCUCCACUCGGGGCGGUUCGGCAACGGGGCUCGCUCCUUCGUCGGCCACCGCGACUACGUCCGCGGUUUGGAGUUCACCAGCGAAGGCACACUGUUGACGGUGUCGGAUGACAGCACGGUGAUGGAAUGGAACUUGUCGAACUCGGACCCAAUUCGGCAGAUGAAACUGCACGAGGGCAUGGUGAUGUCCUCGGCGCUGUCGCCGUCACGCACGCUGUUUGCCACAGGCACCGACCGUGGAGAGAUACGAGUGUGGCGCUUGCCGUUUGAGACGGAGCGCAUGGGCGAGGACUGA